AUGGGUUAUCUCAGUGUGCGCCAACGGAUUCGGCUGGUCGACUGCGUCCCGAACCCGGAGAAGUGCGGCGGCGAGGGCGGCUGCAAGGGCGCCACCGCCGAGCUCGCGCUCCAGUACGUGCAGGAGCACGGGCUCUCCACGGCCGACGGGUACCAGGGCGGCUAUCAGUCCGGCGGCGACGGCACGUGCCAGGCGACACACACCGACGGCCAGAAGAGAGCUGUGUCCACCGGCUUCGAGCAGCUGCCGGCGAACGAGCUGGAGCCGCUGCUCGAGGCCGUUGCGACCACGGGGCCCGUCGUGGUGUCGGUCGACGCGUCCGGCUGGGCCAGCUAUGCGGCCGGCGUGUUCGACGGCUGUCCUCAGAACGCCACCAUCAACCAUGCUGUGCUGCUGGUGGGCUUCGGCACCGAUAACGAGACCGGCAUGGACUACUGGCUUAUCCGAAACUCGUGGGGCGACGGCUGGGGAGAGGAAGGCCACAUCCGCCUGAAGCGCCACCAGUCGGACAGAGGCGAUGCCGGGCACUGCGGGGUGGACACGGCCCCGCUGGAGGGCGUUGGAUGCCCAGGGGGCCCGCCAGAGAUGCCGGUGUGCGGCAUGUGCGGGGUGCUCUCCGACUCCUCGUAUCCCACGGGCGUGCACGUCUCCCGCGGGCCGGCAGCGGAGCCCAUGGGCGGCGGCGGCGGCGGCGACAUCAUCUCUGCGUCCCUCGGCGGGGUCGAGUCCUUCGGCAGGGCCGUCUCCGAGCUCCUCGGCGGGCCCCGCUGA